AUGGCUGAGUUCAAACAUUCUCUCCAGCUCUCCUUGAUCUCUUUCAUCCUCCUGGCCUCCAUCGCAGCUCACGUGACGUCGGCACGUGAUAUUCACAAUCACAGUCACGACAAAUCAUCCCAUAUCAUAUUCUCUCAAAAUCUUUUAGGAACCCGCAAGAGCCACAACAUAGAAGGAAUCCACGACGUCAAGACUUACCUCAAACGCUAUGGCUACUUGACCCAUAUCGGCAGCCAGCCAGGCGCCUUCGACGAUGACUUGGAAUCCGCCCUCAAAACAUACCAAAAAUUCUUCAACCUCAACGUGACCGGAAUUUUAGACAAGGAAACGUUAAGCCUAAUGUCGCAGCCCCGAUGCGGGGUUCCAGAUAUUUUCCAGAUAUUUUCCACAACGAGACGGAGCAUCUCCACAUGGGAAGGGUUCAAGGAUCCAGUGAGGAAGGCUUUGAUUCUGUGGUCUGCGUACAGCCAUUUCGGGUUCACAGAAGCUGGCAGGGACGAGUUGGAUGACAUUAAAAUAAGCUUCGAGAGGGGCGCGCAUGGAGAUAGGCAUCCGUUCGUGCCUGGAACGGGAGUGUUGGCACAUGCGUUUGCGCCAACAGAUGGGAGAUUUCACUUGAACGUGGACCAGAAGUGGUCGGUGGGGGCUCAAGAGGGUUAUUAUGAUGUGCAGUCGGUGGCACUGCAUGAGAUUGGGCAUCUUCUUGGCCUCGCCCACAGCAAAACCAAAGAAGCCAUCAUGUGGCCAGUUAUACCCACCAAUUUUGUCAAGGGCUUGUAUUAUGACGAUAUUGCUGGACUCGAGGCUUUAUAUGGAUUUCCUUAUUUUCAACAUUAA